GGUAUAAAUUAAAUACAACAUGUUUUCAAUGGGUGUUAAACCCGUGUAUGGCCCCUUUAAGAGAUCACCGAUCUCUGCUCGCGAGAUUUCCUGUUUUGCAUGUGCGCGAACAGAACAGCCAUUUUGUGAUGAUUCAAUGUAGCAGCCGAGUGCCAUGUCGUUGUGUUGGCGCCGGGGAGAUUUAUUUUGAAGUGAUGCUGUCUUUUUGGAUGAGAUCGGCUCGAGUGUGAUCCACGUGAACCUCGUGUCUGGUGAUAGUGGAAACUUCCAGUUGCUACCGUAUUCUUUACUUUAUCAGUAGUUCAUUUUUUGACCAUUUUGUAUAAGGAUUUUGGUGAAACAGAAAAUAUCUAUUUAAGUGUUCUUAAAGACAAAGUCCAAAUCACCUGAUCGAGCAGUAGAUAUUUUUGGUCAUGCUCACUCCAGAGUAAAUUAUUUGGGAGUGUGAGUCUUGUGCUGGUUUUCAACCAGUGUUCAUCUGUUGGAAAUCUAAGAUUUUGUUUUUUUGUUACAUUGGAACUAGUGAAACUUCACAUUUAUUUGUAUUUAUUUCUGUAAGCCUUCAGUGUCAUUACACUGUGUAACUCUUGGAGUGAUAAUUUGUAUUUAGUAAGUUUUCUUAAUUGAUUUUUUUUUUGGCAUUUUAUUUACUUUUAUUUUUGCUCAGCUGUGUUUCCGCCGACCACUGUAACUUCUUUUAAGGGAAAAAACAGCAGUCAGAUAAAACCCCAAUAAAAACAAAUUAAUCUGUUGCCGUGUGUGUAUCUUUUUCCUGACCACCCGGUUACAUUUUUGGUACCAGGAGUGGGGCUAUCUGACAGUCGGGAGCAGUAUAGAGUUGAGCGUUUUUUUUUUUUGUUUUUUUUUUUAAAUACGGUAGUGGCUGGUACUUGAGUUGCAGGACUCGCAGUGGAAGUGGUCAACUGUGCAGUGUUCAUCCAACUGCUAAAGACGUCGGCCAAAGGGUUUGGGGCCAAGGGACGGGUAGCAGUAGGAAGAGGAGACAUCGCUGUCUGCUGCUGAACUACAAGUGUGGUUGAAGAUCGGGAGCCAGUGACGGGUCUUCUGCAAAAGAGGAAAAGAGUGUCAUAUACACAUUACAGACAGAAUAUCCUUUGAACUGAGAAACAAAGAGCAUUUAACAAAGGCUUUGAAAGGACUUUGAAAAGACUUUUAAAAUUUCAUCAACAUGUUACAGCCAGAGGAAGAGCCUGCGGUAAUACAUGGUGCCGCUAGUGCAGAGGGAGCGGGUAAUGUGCAAGAACAGAUACAAGAGCUCAGUAGAAAGCAUGCUGAAGCUAUGGCAGCUAUUGCCAACCUGAGUAGAGGACCAACUAGGUCCUAUGUGUAUGUGCCCAGAGAACGUCACAUUCAACCCUUUAGUGGCGAUCUUAGCAAAGAUGGUAGAAAUGUGGAUGAGUUUAUUGAAGAGGUGGAAAGAGUACUGCUUGUAAGAAACCAGAUACCUGAAGAUCAAGCUGAUUUUGUUCUUUCCCUGCUUAAAGGUGCUGCUGUAGAAGAGGUAAGGUUAAAGCAAGGGGGGCAGCCUCCACGAACAGAGGACAUCUUGUAUUUGAGAGCAGCCUUUAGAGAAAAGCAUAGUCCAGCCCAGCUACUGCAGCUGGAGGGGGAAGACCUCCGUACAUACUCUCAUGCCCUUUCACAGAUAUUGAAUACUGUUUUAAAGCAGUCUUCUAAUGCCAUUGCCAAUGCUAAUGUUGCACUACGAGACCAAUUCAUUGAGGGAGUCAAAGAUGUAGCACUCCGAAGGGAACUUCGUAAGUUGGUAAGAGACAAGCCACAGUCCACUUUGGUUGAAGUCAGAGAUGAAGCAUUAAUGUGGUCCCUUGAAGAUACCAAUUGUAUUGUAAGCUCUGAGACUACAGAAGCUCAGUGUGCUGCUAUGGUGAUGCCUGUAGCAAGCUCUGUUACACUGGAUGAUGUUCUGAAAGUAGUAGCAGAGCAGGGCAAAGCCAUAGGGGAGUUAACUCAAGCUGUUCAGAGGCUGACUCUACACUGCCCUAAGCCUGAAUCUUUAAAUCGGCCCAAAUCUACAAUGCAGCCUAGAUUUUAUGAUGACGGCCAACCUAUUUGCUUUAAGUGUAAUGGUGUCGGGCACAUAGCGAGAAAUUGUGUGAGAAAAAACAAACCGGCUGUCAAGGACGAUGGAUCAUCCUCCUUACAGCAGGGAAAUGCACACCCUCUGUUGCUAUGAGCCGGGCAAGCUAUUGGCUCAACUUACCUUGACUCAAAUCGUGACCGAUUACUCAACAUGCUGUGGGAAGGUGUCCAGUAGUUGACCUGAAAAUUGGAAGUGUGAAUGUGUCAUGUCUACUUGACACUGGGAGCCAAGUCAGUACAAUUAUUGAACACUUCUUUAAAGAGCACUUGGCAGGUGAAGAUAAGGAUAUUCUUCCCACAUCCGGUUGGUUAAGAAUUACAGCCAUUAAUGAAUUAGACAUCCCAUAUUUUGGGAUCUUGAACUACCAGUUGAAACCAUGGGUAUUAACCUGCCUGAGUGUGGAUUCCUGGUGGUUAUAGAUGGACUGAAUUCUUCUGCCGUGCCGGCACUCAUCGGCAUGAAUAUUACAAGUAGGUGUGGGCAGUUAGUGCAUGCUGAGUUUGAUACUACUUUAGGUGGGGAGUUAGAGUCUGAAUGGAGAUAAGUUUUCCAGCAGAUGCAAAGUGUCAGUCAAGCUAAAAAACAGAUCGUUGCACAUAUAGCUGGAAAGGAGACGGUGCAUAUUCCUGCUUGGUCAAUGUCGAUGAUAGUCAAAGGAAGGGGGAAUAGUUGUCCAGAGGGAUAUUCCAACCUGUUGCUGGAACCAGGGAAGUUUCCCCUCCCUCAGGGUUUGAUAGUGGUACCCUCUCUUGUUUCCACUACAACACCGUUAUCUCCAAUACGAGUUGUGAAUCUCUCCACAGAGGAUAUAUGGCUGCAGCCUCGUACCAGGCUAGGUAUUUUCUCUCCUGUUGAAUCCUUAUGUUCUGGAGAGGGUUGUGAAGUAAAGUUCCAGCGGGUUGAGGCUAGGGUGGAGGAGAUUACAGUAAGCCCAGAAGAGAGGCAGGUGGUGACAGAGGGCUUACCAGACUUCCUUAAUGAGUUGUGUUUGGGUGGAGCUGCUGAGCAGCAGGCUGAGCUUAAAGCUUUGUUACUGAGGUACGUGGAUGUGUUUGCAUUAAGUGAUGAGGAAUUAGGGUUUUCUGACAGUACAACACGAGAUCCAUUUGGUAGAUGAUGUACCAAUAACACAGCCCUACUGUCGCAUUCCACCAACCCAAUAUAGUGAAGUCAGGGAACAUAUUACUAAGCUGCUCCAGAAGGGGGUAAUUAAGCCUAGUAGUAGUGCGUAUACAUCACCCAUAGUGCUUGUACGGAAAACUGAUGGGAACUUGAGAUUGUGCGUGGACUACAGGCAUUUAAACGCGAAGACAAAGCGAGAUGCUUUUCCCUUGCCUUGUAUCGAUGAGAAUUUCUAUGCGUUGCAAGGUGCCAAAUUCUUCUCAACCAUUGAUUUGGCAAGCGGAUACCAUCAGAUAGCUGUGUGUGAGCAAGACCAACCAAAAACUGAGUUCACCCCCCCCCCCUUUUGGCAUAUUCGAAUACUCCCGUAUGCCCUUUGGAGUCUGUAAUGGAACGUCCACAUUCCAACGCCUCAUGCAGUACAUAAUGGGAGAUUUGAUAUUUCAAACGAUGCUGGUAUAUUUGGAUGAUAUUCUGGUUUAUUCAUCUACUUUCCAGGAACAUCUAAAGAGAUUGGAAGUGGUUUUCAGUAGGUUAAGGGAGGCUGGACUAAAAGUUAAGCCUGAUAAGUGUAGUUUUCUCCAAGAACAGGAAUUUCCUGGGUCAUCAGAUCUCUGCUCAAGGGUUUGGAACUGAUCCAGGAAAGGUAGAGGCUGUGAGAAUGGAAGGCACCAAGUACAGUGAAAGAACUAAGGUAUUUUUUUGGGGAUUCUGUAGUUACUACAGAAAACUUAUUGAAGGGUUUUCUAAAAUUGCAGGUCCUCUUCAUGACGUGGUGAACUUUUGUCUGAGACAACAGAGUAUGGUAAAGAGACCUGAGUUUUGUUCACUUUGGACAGAGGAGUGUUGCACAGCCUUCGAACUGUUAAGGGAGAAGCUUACUACGGCCCCAGUCUUAGGCUUUGCAGAUUUUUCUCUUCCGUUCGUAGUUUAGACCGAUGCUAGGAAGGGUGGUUUAGGUGCUGUCCUUUAUCAGCAGCAAGGUGAUUCUAGGAGAGUGAUUGCCUAUGCAAGUCGCUGGCUACGUAAUGCAGAGAAAAAUGACAGGCAUUAUAUUAGUAUGAAGCUUGAACUGCUAGCUCUCAAGUGGGCUGUCUCAGAAAAAUUUAAGGGGUACCAGUUGGGUGCAAAAUUUGUGGUCGUCACGGAUAACAACCAAUUAGCUGUUUAUGAUUUUGAGGGGAAGUACCAUCCUGGACGGUAUAAUGUCGCAGCAGACCCCUCUCAAGACACCCGUUGGCAGGGGAGCCUGACAAUUCUGAAGAGUUGGAUGACUGUGUUGCCAUUUGUAAUGUAGUUAACAAGGGUACACCUAUAGACACUGAAUUGUUGAUUGUGGGUGACCAGUGCUGUAAGGUUAGACAGAUCCGUGCACAAGAGGGUAGUCCCGGUAAAAGUGACGUCCAGGAAUGUAUGUUUGCUCUUCCAGGUUACACCAAGGCUCAUUUGAAAGAAUUUCAGCUAAGUGACCCUGUUUUGGGCUCCUUCAAUGAGUUUUGGGGUAGUCAGAGAAAGCCCACGAAUCAAGAGAGAAGCAGCAGACCUAGGCCUGUGUUGUCACUGCUGAAACAGUGGAAAUAUAUCCAGGUGAUGGAUGGUUUGUUUUACAGGGUUGUGAAUGACUUUUGCUUGGGUGAGUGCAGACUUUUUUGCCAGCUUGUUUAAAAGAACAAGUCCUGAGCAGUGUCCAUGAUAAGAUGGGACAUCAAGGCAUUGAGCGUACACUCGACCUAUUGAGACAGCGUUGCUCCUGGGUCGGUAUGUACAAGGAUGUUGAGAGGUGGAUUAAAAGGUGUCACAGGUGCAUUCUAACCUAAAUGCCACAGCCACGAAUCCGUCCGCCUGUGAAGCCAUUUUUAGCAUCCAGACCACUGGAGGUGGUGGCCGUGGAUUAUACUGUGCUUGAACCUGCCACAGAUGGUUGCGAAAAUGUGUUGAUUGUCACCGAUGUGUUUACUAAAUUCACACAGGCGUUCCCCACGAGAGACCAGAGACCAGAGAGCGAAGAUACUGCUGAAGGAGUGGUUCGUGAAAUACGGGGUACCAGAGCGGUUGCAUUCCGAUCCGGGAAGGAAUUUUGAGAGUGAGGUGGUGUCUGAGUUGUCGCUUGUAUGGAGUAAAGAAAACGCGUACAACCCCUUACCAUCCACAAGGUAACGCUCAGUGCGAACGGUUUAACGAAACGCUCCACGAGUUAAGAAAGCUUUCUCCAGAAAAGAAAAGGCGAUGGCCAGAACACCUUCCUGAGCUGACUUAUGCCUAUAAUGUAACCCCACAUGCUACAACUGGGUAUUCACCUUAUUUCUUGUUAUUUGGUGUAGAACCACGCCUUCCAGUAGAUGCUCUUCUGGGUGAGGAACAUCCUGUGAAUCGAGGGAAAGAUUGGUUAGUAAUCCACCAGAGCCGACUCAGGGAAGCUCAUGAAUGCUCAUCAGAGCAUUGGUGGUUCAGUGGUAGAAUUCUCGCCUGCCACGCGGGAGACCCGGGUCUGAUUCCCGGCCAGUGCAGCAGAGGUUGUCUUAGGGGAAGUCGUGGCCUAAUGGUUAGAGGGUUGGACUCCCAAUCGAAGGGUUGUGAAUUCUAGUCUCUCUCUCCACCUUCAAUACCACGACUUAGGUGCCCUUGA